CUCAGGAUCCCUUUAAUAUUUACAUCACCCUCAGCUGUUCUAGAACAAAACACGAAAGGCGAAAGUGGUCACACACUCCCGAUUUCUGAGUUAAUUUUCCUGCAUUCACAAAUCCACAAAGAUGUUGGCUGCAAGACUAUCUGCAAUGGGCACUACUUGUGCAAGGGGGUUCAUGCGAUCCUCCCUUAUCAGCACACCCAAAUCUCCCUUCAUGCCAAUUGUCCGUGGCUAUAGAGAGGGUGGCAGAGGCUUCACACGACGGUCCAGGGUCCAGAUGCAGUCUGCACAGGUCACAGAGUCUGCUGUUAAGGGCAAAAUUGGACCCAUGGAAGUUGGACAGAUAGCUGUAGCCGGAGGUGCUGUGCUCGGAAUGGGAGCUCUAUGUUACUAUGGCCUCGGAAUGUCUAACGAGCCAGGGGCCAUUGACCGUGUUGUAGUAUGGCCUCAGUUUGUACGGGACAGAAUCCGGGACACAUACCUGUACUUGGGAGCAUCAUGUGCUGCAACAGCUGCCUCUGCUAUUGCCGUAUUCAAAUCACCCAUGGGCCACCGCUUCUUUGCAUUGUGUUCAAGGCAUCCCAUUGCUUCAACAAUUGGCAUCAUUGUCGCUCUUAUGGGCACAGGCCAGGCGAUGAUGGCCAUUCCCUAUUCACCAGGCAUUGGGUCGAAACAGAUGAUGUGGUUGCUCAACUGUGGAAUACUUGGCUUGGCCAUUGCACCCGUCGGCGCAUUGGGUGGGGCUCUGGCCAUCAGGGCAGCUUGGUACACAGCUGGUAUUGUAGGAGGUUUGAGCACUGUGGCUGUCUGUGCUCCAAGUGACAAGUUCCUCAACUGGGCAGGACCACUGGGUAUUGGUCUAGGUGGCGUCUUUGUAGCUUCCAUCGGCUCCGCUUUCUUGCCCCCAACCUCAGCCCUCGGUCUCUCUCUCUAUUCCAUCUCCCUUUAUGGUGGCCUGUUGCUCUUCUCAGCCUUCCUCUUGUAUGAUACACAGAAGGUCAUCCGGAAAGCUGAGACCCACCCCAACAUGUGGGGGGUCAUGCCUUAUGACCCCAUCAACAUGUCCCACCACAUUGUGCUGGAUGUGGUCAACAUCUUUGUGCGAAUGGUCCAAAUUCUGGCCAUGGGAGGAGGAAGACGGAAGUAAUUCGCAAGCUUGAUUCUAAACCUUGCUAGCCUUAUGGCUGACUUGUGGAUUAAGGCUUAGAUUAAAAUGAUAGUGUUUGUAAAUGUUAUGCAUUAUUAUUAUGGCAACGAUGAUAAUUAUUAUUAAGGUAUUUGAAAGUCAUGGUGACAGUGUCAGAAAAGCUGCUGUUGGAGUUUAUAACUACUUUAUUUAAACUGGAAUUUUCUUUGCCUUCUUUUUCUUCAUAAUAGGUAGCAUCUGUUUUAAAAAGUUGAAGAAAGACGUAUAUGUGAACUCUAUAUUAAUUUCUGGUUAUAAUAUCAUUAUGUAUUAAUGCAUUAAUACUUUACUAUGUGUAGACUUGUUGAUAAAGCUUCAUGAAAUUGGUUUGAUUAUUUUUUGUUGUUUAUAUUUUUAUUUUUAGUAUUACUGUUGUUAGUUUUACUUUUCUUAUUAAUGUUAUUCUAUAAUUUUAAUCAUAUAUUUUUUUUUACUGUGAACAAACACUCACAUAGGAAAACUUUAUUCCAUAUAUUAUAAUUUAUUUUAAAACUUUGAAAAUGCAUGGAUUGUAAGAACUGAGUACUUACAGUAGCUUAUCAUACAUGGUUCUUGCUAGUCACGGUGUAUGCUUAAAACUUUUUUUAUUUUUAACUCAUCCAGGUAAUUAUUUAUUUCAUUAUUAAAAGGGAGAAAGUUUGUUGUUUAUUCAAAUUCAGUAGACUGGUUAGGUUUAUUUUUUGUCUGCUGUUUUAUCCUUAGUGAUAUUUAUUUUUUUUUUUUAUUAGAGAAAGGGAUUGCCUAUGUGUUAGAUAUAGGUAUUGUAGUUCUACUAUCUCCUAUCAAUAUGAUAUUUGAUUAUACUCCAGUGAUGUAAAUGUUCAAAUUAUUUGAAAAGGAUAUAAAUCACAGAAAAGUUGAAGAAAUAGAGACAUCUGAUACAGCAAGGAAGUUUAAGAGAGAGAGAGAGAGAAUUCUAAAAAAGAUCUGAACAAGUCGAAGGUGAUCAGGAGCAGUGCAAUGACUGAUAUACGGAAUUACUUCCAAAAUUGAUAACAGGUCUAAAGCGAUGAAAUCUGCUAGCAGAAUAUUGAACACAAUAUUCUAGCAAUGCUUACUCAGCUUUCCUUGCUAAGAUAUGUAUCUUUGAAUAUGUAUAUAUCUGUUAAUAAAAUUUAAUUUCUAUUU